CCUUUCCUUCCUACCGAUGUACAUUUUUAAGAAAGAAAAUUGGCGCUGUCAACUGUUGCGUUGGACAUUUUGUCACACUGAUUCCUUCAUCGUUCUCCAAUGGCGAGAAAACGAAAAUCUGUCCCCAAGGAAGCUCCUUCCUCGGCAGAGACCAAACCCCUUCUACACCCAACGGCCCCCGAGCUUGAGUUGGACAGCCAAGAAUCAUCAUCAUCGUCAUCGUCGUCGUCAUCAGAAGAAGAAGAAGAACAACAAGUUCAGAAGCAGGAAGUCGAAGCAACGGACUCUUCCUCCGAAGACUCCAACAAUGAAGAAGAUUCAGCAUCAGACGAGACUUCCAAGCGAGACGCCCUGAAGAAUCUUCUUGAACCAUUUGGCAAAGACCAACUCAUUAACACCCUCAAAGAAGCCGCCACAUCCAACCCCUCAAUCGUAUCCGGUAUCGUCAAGUCCGUCGAGUCCGACCCUAUUCACCGCAAGAUUUUCGUCCACGGCCUCACUUGGGACACCACCACCGAAACCCUACUCUCCGCCUUCAAGCAAUACGGUGCCGUCGAGGAGUGCAACGUCGUUGCCGACAAGGUCACCGGAAGGUCGAAGGGAUACGGAUUCCUCCUCUUCAACACACGCGCCGGAGCACGCAAAGCCCUGAAGCAGCCUCAGAAGAAGAUCGGCAACCGAAUUGCCUCGUGUCAGCUUGCCAUCGCGGGAACCCUGCAGGGUCAGUCCACUCCUGCUCUUUCUUCUGCUGCUGCCUCGGCGUCGACUUCGUCAUCAGAGAGUGGUGGCGGAGGCCGCAAAAUCUAUGUGUCGAAUGUUGGGCCACAUAUUAGCCCCGAGAGGCUCAGGGCAUUUUUCGAAGCCUUUGGGGAGAUUGAGGACGGUCCAUGGGGGAUAGACAAGGCCACCGGGAAAUUUAAAGGGUUUGCUUUGUUUGUUUACAAGAGUGGGGAGGGUAUGAAGAAGGCCUUAAAAGAGCCUCAUAAGGUUUUUGAGGGGUUUAAGUUGAGGUGCUCUGUGGCGACGGAAUGCCGUGCCACCAAGAACUUAGCUCCGGUAGUGCCUGUUUCCGGGGCUGGUGAGACAUUGGCUCCUAAUAAUGUUGCUAUACCAGCUUUGCAAGUUGGGUUGGUUGCCCAGAAUAUGAACCCUGGUGCUGUUCUUAUGAGCCAGAAUCCGGCUCUUGGGGUUCUGAAUCCAGUUUUGGGGAUGGGGUUGGCUCCAUCGUUUCCUGGUGGAGUUCCACAUACCUUGAAUAGGGUUGGAGCCGCUCCUACUGUAGGAAUCAAUGGUGGGUUUGGUGUAGUACAACCGAAUUUUAAUGGUAUGACCCCAAGUGUGGUUGGUGGUUAUGGCUCUCAAGCUGCUUUGCAAGGAUUUGGUGCGUAUCAGAAUGCUCAGUUGGCUCAACCUUCUGUAUCAGCGGCCCCAGUAGCAAAGUCUCAACCUGGUGCUGGUUUAGUUGGAGCCACUACGUCAUACUUACGACGCUAGUUUGUGCCUUAGAUGUCUAAAUAUUCAAUGAAAACUUUAGUUUCUGCAUUGAACACCUCUGCAAGAAUACUAUGGUGUAGAUUGUCGGAUGAAUUCAAGGUCUCUUGAGUGUAUUGUAAUCUUCUCCUGAAGAAUUCAGGUCCCUUCAUCUAUGGUAGACACUACGAGCAUUGGAAUUGUCUCCGUUCUUGGAAUAAGCCAGAAGACAUUGGAUUUUUAUGGGUUGGCAUUAAUAUUGGGUGACUGUCUGGGGGUGUUGAUAUAAAUUAAAUCAAAAUUUUAUCGUUCAUACUUUUGGUGAGUGGGUGGAGUUUUGUUCUUAAGUUUGUUUCAUAGGCUAUAGUCGAACUUUCUUUUAGAGACAUCUUGUCUCUGAAAGGUGUGCUUAAUUAGUGAAUCAAUAAAAAUUUUGCUUCUUAUUUGCACAAAAA